AGUAGGGGGGGUGUUGUCGCGACCUUGGAGUCUGACGUCCAACAGCAUGGCGAGCAAUGAGCCUAAUCGUUUUGUCCAGCAUCUGAGGGAUCUGGCAGGCCGGAUGUCUUCAUCUGGUGGCAGAGGGGCAGGAUUAGGACUGAAGCUGCUGCUCGGAGCUGGUGCUCUGGCAUAUGGCGUUAAAGAAGCCACCUACACAGUGGAAGGUGGUCACAGAGCCGUCAUCUUCAACAGGAUUGGAGGGAUGCAGAUGGACACUGUUCUCUCUGAGGGGCUGCAUUUCAGGAUCCCUUGGUUCCAGUACCCUAUCAUCUAUGAUAUCAGAGCGAAGCCCAGGAAGAUCUCCUCUUUGACUGGCAGCAAAGAUCUACAGAUGGUGAACAUAGGGGUGCGAGUCUUGUCCAGGCCCAUGGCGUCCAACCUGCCGGCCAUGUACCAGCAGCUGGGGAAGGACUACGAUGAGAGAGUCCUGCCCUCCAUUGUCAAUGAGGUCCUCAAGUCUGUGGUGGCAAAGUUCAACGCCUCUCAGCUCAUCACACAGAGAGCACAGGUGUCCCUGCUGGUGCGCAGGGAGCUGUUUGAGAGAGCCAAAGACUUUAACAUCAUUCUUGACGAUGUAUCCAUCACUGAGCUGAGCUUCAGCAGCCAGUACACCGCUGCUGUGGAGGCCAAGCAAGUUGCCCAGCAAGAGGCCCAGAGAGCCCAGUUCUAUGUGGAGAAAGCCAAACAGGAUCAGAGACAGAAGAUUAUCCAGGCUGAGGGAGAGGCUCAGGCUGCCAAAAUGUUGGGCCAAGCAGUGACUAAGAACCCAGGUUACCUGAAGCUGAGGCGAAUUAGAGCAGCACAGAACAUCGCUAAGACGGUGGCAUCAUCUCAGAACAAGGUGUACCUUAAUGCUGACAGUCUGGUCCUGAACUUACAAGACCAGGCACUUUUUGACAACAUGUCACUGGCCUCAAAGAAGUGAUGAAGAGGACGUGAAGAGGGGCAGUGGAACUUCCCCUUGUCAUCAAGUGGAAUAGAGAAUCAACACAUAAGACUCUGUCCAAAUUUGAAUGAGAAAGAAGCAUUUUGUUAUGUUUUUUUUUUUUUUUUUUUAAACCUCUCUCAGACUGUUGGGAGUGGUCUGUAUUAUCCCUGAAGAUUUGUCAAUGAAUUAUUGAAGUGGAACAAUGCCGUGAUCUCAUAUCUCAUUUCAUUUCAGCUUCACCAUGAUUACAUCAGACAAAUAAGACGUUUGUCACAUAGAAAGUAUGUCCUGCUCAUCCGCAACAGUACUUCCUCCUGUCGGGAAGAGCUUGAUUGGUCCAAAAUGUCAAAUGAGAUGUCAUGUGUUAAAUGACAGAAUAUUUCACUGCUGUAUUCAUCUCCCAUAGUUAGUCCUAAUCUGGCUGCUAAUCUUUUCUCUGCUCUACUUCAGUAAAAAUAUUCCAGUCUUAAUACUUAAAGACCUGAUGGUCUUCACAGGAUGUGAGAGACUGGAAAAUUUGUCAGGGCUUCAUUUGUCCACAUCAGUGGAGGAGGUGUCACAGAUGUCAGGUGAUAACUGAUAACACAUCCACUCAUGUUAGCAGACCAAGCUAACAUUAAUUUAUCUGUUAAUAAACUUUUGUUUUAAGUACA